AUGUCUGACGCCGGUCGCAAGGAUUUCUCCACCAAGGCUAAGGAGGAGAUGACUCCUGACUCCACCAAGUCCACCCAGGACAAGGUUAAGGAGACCUUCACCGACACCACUGACCGUGUCGCCCGCGGCUUCCAGACCGAUGAUAGCAAGUCUGCUCCCCAGCAGGCCUUCGACAAGACUCAGCGUGCCAGCGACAACAACGCUCACGGCGGUGCUUCCGGCUCCAUUGGCGACAAGAUCAAGGACACCCUUGGCCUAAACAAAUAA